UUCGAGAAUACACGAUGUGCCGACUUGUCAAAAUAUCAUCACAUUAAAAUCGAGCCCAUCGUGUACCCUCAAAACGAUCGUCUGCCUAAUCACUUAUUUACACCCUUACUAAAUUCCUAUGCGUUAUUAAAACUCAAUUUAUUCAUGAAGGACAACAAUAAAUCUGUCUUCCUCUAUCCUGCUACGCCACUGGUUCCCCAAAACCAUACAAGCUAUAAAUCUGUUUUGGUUUAUUCAAAAUAAACUAAGUGGAAAUGUGAAAUUGAUAAAGCAACUUAAUUGCAGUGGAUUUUCUCAGAAAUGAGCACUAAUAUAAAAUCCACUUCUCGGGAUUUAGUAAACCCAUUAUUGGUAAGUACUUUUUCAGCACCUACCACUAAUUAUCGCUCUGUCGAUCGUUCGAAAGUCGGCCGAUGCACCAGAAUUUCGUCAAACAUCGUGUGCAGCAUGUUGCUUUGGAAUUUAAUUUUGUGUGUCAUCAGGGAUACUCGAACCAUCGUUGGGGCAGUGAGAGUAGUAGUAUAUGAAAUGUUACUUCUGGAUUUAGCCACUUAAAAUCUUACAAAAAUCGUGGAAAUCAGUAAUAAUUGUGUGAAUAUUCCACUGGUCAUUUUAUAUACUAACUACUAAUGAAAUAUUUACGCUUUUACUUAGUAGUAACAAAUUUAAUACAAAUUGGCUUAUUUUAGGGAUUACGUCGGCAUUCCCUCUCCUUUUCCUUGUUACGCCACUGACUCCCUAAACCACACGCGGUUAAAAAGUUGUCGAUCUUUUUAUGCCUAUGUAGAGUUCAUUAUUUUAAGGACGUGGAUAAAAUUAUGCAACGUAAUAUACACAAGACACAAGCUAAGGGUGACGAUUACUUGUUUAAACAAAUACAACAAACAAAUUUAGGUUAACAACAAAGUGACAUUUGAAGAGAACAAGGUUGGCAAAACGUCAAUUUGACAUUUAUAUAUAUUUUUUUGCAAAACAUACCUUGUUUUAAAAUUGUUAACACAUGAAAAUUGUUGCAUUCACUGCGAAAUGUGUAUUUUGGGUUGAGUGAAUUUUUCCAAGCCCUUAUAAAAUGAACUGUAGUCUGACUUAUUAUGAAUGAAAAUGUGACAGUUAUGAGUACCACGACACUCUGUAUUUAACGCCACUUUUGUUUAACGAAACUGCACUUAAAUUCCGUUCAAAAGACGAAUUUUUAGGUAUUUUUAUGUGUGUUGUAGAUAAUUCGGAGUAAAUGUGUAAUGGCUGCAACCCACUUUACACAGUGACAUGCGCACGCUAUUCAUGCUUUAGCGCUUGCACGAAACCAGGGGCGGAUGGAGCAUCUGGAAAUCGGGAAUUUUCCAGAGCGCUGGUGCCCGAAUUUAAAUUUUGUGUACUUUUAAAUGAAAUAAAAUUUAGGGCUUUCAGGCGUUGAUUUAAAUUCGGUUAUUAUUAUUAAUUAAUCACGGGAUUCCGAUAUUCUUUCAAAUUGUUUUAAAAACUAAGCACAUGGAGUCUUUGAGAUUCUUUCUAUUACUUCAAAAACUAAACGAAAGGGGUCUCCGGGAUUCUUUUCAAUUAUACUUCAAAAACCGGAUACAAGAGGUUACUGAUAUUCUUUCAAACCAUUUCAAAAAUCAGACACAAGGGGUUUCUGAGAUUCUUUCUAAUUCUACUUCAAAAAUUAGGCACAAAGGAUACUGGAGAUUUUUUCAAAUUACUUCAAAAACUUGGCAAAAGCGGUCCCCUAAUUUUUUUCAAACUAGUUCAAAUAUAAAACAAAGGGUUCCUGAGAUUCUUUUAAAUUACUUCAAACAUCAGAGACAAGGGAUUUCCGAGAUUCUUUCUAAUUAUACUUCAAAAACCAAACAAAAAGGUCCCCGAGAUUCUUUUAUAAACUACUUCAAAAACUAGGAUCAUGGAGAUUUUUUCAAACUACUUCAAAAACUAGGUAAAAGCGGUCCCCGAGAGUCUUUCAAACUACUUAAAAAAAACACAAAGGGUUCCCGAGAUUCUUUGUAACUAUACUUCAAAAAACAGACACAAGAGGUCCCCGAGAUUCUUUCACACCACUUCAAAAAUCAGACACAAUGGGUUUCCGAGAUUCUUUCUAAUUAUACUUCAAAAACCAAACAAAAAAAGUCCCCGAGAUUCUUUUAAAUUAUUUUAGUAUUAGUAUUAGUUCACACACCUACUAAUUACUUCAAAAACUAGGUACAAAGGAUUCUGGAGAUUUUUUCAAACUACUUCAAAAGCUAGGCAAAAGCGGUCCCCGAGAUUCUUUCAAACUACUUCAAAUAUAGAACAGAAAGGGUUCCCGAGAUCCUUUCUAACUAUACUUCAAAAACCAGACACAAGACGUCCCCGAUAUUCUUUAAAACCACUUCAAAAAUCAGACACAAGGGGUUCCUUAGAUUCUUUCUAACUAUACUUCAAAAAUUAGAUACCAGAGAUCCCUGCGUUUUUUUCAAAUUACGAGCACUUUAAAAACCAAACAGAAAAGGUCCCAGAGAUUUUUUAAACUACUUCAAAAACUAGGCACAAAGGAUCCUUGAGAUUUUCUCAAAUUACUUCAAAAACUAGGCAAAAGCGAUCCAAGAAAUUCUUUGAAACUACUUCAAAAAUUAAACACAAAGGGUUCCCGAGAUUCUUUCUAAUUAUACUUCAAAUACCAGAUACCAGAGUUCAUUGAGUAUCAUUCACACUUCGAAUACUUCAAAAACAAGACACAAAAGACCCUCAAAAUUUUUUCAAACUACUUCAAAAACCAAACAAAAAAUAUCACUGAGAUUCUUUUAAAUUACUUCAAAAAAUAGGAUCCUGGAGAUGUUUCCAAACUACUCCAAAAACUAGGCAAAAGCGUUCCCCGAGAUUCUUUAAAACUACUUCAAGAACAAAACACAAAUGAUUCCUGAGAUUCUUUCUAACUAUACUUUAAAAAUCAGACACAAAAGGUCCCCGAGAUUCUUUCAAACUACCUCAAAAAUCAUAUACAUUCUCCCUCCUGAAAAGGUCCAAGAGAUUUUUUUAAAUUACUUCAAAAACUAGGCAAAAGCGGUCCCCGAGAUUCUUUUAAACAACUUCAAACAUACAACACAAUGGAUUCCCGACAUUCUUUCUAACUAUACUUCAAAAACCAAAUACCAGAGGUCGCUGAGUUUCUUUCACACUUCGAGUACUUCAAAAACAAGGCACGAAGACCCUCAAAAUUCUUUCAAGCUACUUCAAAAAUCAAACAAAAAAGGUUCCUGAGAUUAUUUUAAACUACUUCAAAAACUAGGAUCCUGGAGAUUUUUUCAAACUACUUCAAAGAGUAGGCAAAAGAGGUCUCCGAGAUUUUCUAAAACUACUUCAAAAAUAAAACACAAAGGGUUCCCCAGAUCCUUUCUAACUAUACUUUAAAAAACAGAUACAAGACGUCCCCGAGAUUCUUUCAAACCACUUCAAAAAUCAUACACAAGAGGUUCCCGACAUUCUUUCUAACUAUACUCCAAAAAUUAGAUACCAGAGGUCUCUGGGUUUCUUUCAAAUUACGAGUACUUCAAAAACCAAACAGAAAAGGUUCCAGAGAUUUUUUUGAACUACUUCAAAAACUAGGCAAAAGCGGUCCCCGAGAUUCUUUUAAACAACUUCAAACAUACAACACAAUGGAUUUCCGACAUUCUUUCUAACUAUACUUCAAAAACCAGAUACCAGAGGUCACUGAGUAUUUUUUACACUUCGAGUACUUCAAAAACAAGGCACAAAGACCCUCAAAUUUUUUUCAAGCUAUUUCAAAAAUCAAACAAAAAAGCUUCCACAGAUUAUUUUUAACUACUUCAAAAACUAGGAUCCUGGAGAUUUUUUCCAACUACUUCAAAGACUAGGCAAAAGAGGUCUCCGAGAUUUUUUAAAACUACUUCAAAAAUAAAACACAAAGGGUUCCCCAGAUUCUUUCUAACUAUACUUUAAAAACCAGAUACAAGAGGUCCCCGAGAUUCGUUCAAACCACUUGAAAAAUCAUACACAAGGGGGUCCCGACAUUCUUUCUAACUAUACUUCAAAAAUUAGAUACCAGAGGUCCCUGCGUUUCUUUCAAAUUACGAGUACUUCAAAAACCAAACAGAAAAGGUUCCAGAGAUUUUUUUAAACUACUUCAAAAACUAGGCAAAAGCGGCCCCCGAGAUUCUUUUAAACAACUUCAAAAAUAAAACACAGAUUCCCGACAUUCUUUCUAACUAUACUUCAAAAACCAGAUACCAGAGGUCGCUGAGUUUCUUUCACACUUCGAGUACUUCAAAAACAAGCCACAAAGACCUUCACAAUUCUUUUAAGCUACUUCAAAAACCAAACAAAAAAGGUUCCUGAGAUUAUUUUAAACUACUUCAAAAACUAGGAUCCUGGAGAUUUUUUAAAACUACUUCAAAAAUAAAACACAAAGGGUUCUCCACAUUCUUUCUAACUAUACUUUAAAAAACAGAUACAAGAGAUCCCCGAGAUUUUUUCAAACCACUUCAAAAAUCAUACACAAGGGGUUCCCGACAUUCUUUCUAACUAUACUUCAAAAAUUUGAUACCAGAGGCCCCUGCGUUUCUUUCAAAUUACGAGUACUUCAAAAACCAAACAGAAAAGGUUCCAGAGAUUUUUUUAAACUACUUCAAAAUCUAGGCAAACGCGGUCCCCCAGAUUCUUUUAAACAACUUCAAAAAUAAAACACAGAUUCCCGACAUUCUUUCUAACUAUACUUCAAAAACCAAAUACCAGAGGUCGCUGAGUAUCUUUUAUACUUCGAGUACUUCAAAAACAAGGCACAAAGACCCUCAAAAUUUUUUCAAGCUACUUCAAAAACCAAACAAAAAAGGUUCCUGAGAUUAUUUUAAACUACCUACUUCAAAAACUAGGAUCCUGGAGAUUUUUUAAAACUACUUCAAAAAUAAAACACAAAGGGUUCUCCAGAUUCUUUCUAACUAUACUUUAAAAAACAGAUACAAGAGGUCCCCCAGAUUAUUUCCAACCACUUCAAAAAUCAUACACAAGGGGUUCCCGACAUUCUUUUUAACUAUACUUCAAAAAAUAGAUACUAGAGGUCCCUGCAUUUCUUUCAAAUUACGAAUACUUGAAAAACCAAACAUAAAAGGUCCCAGAGAUUUUUUCAAACUACUUCAAGAAAUAGGCAAAAGCGGUCCCCGAGAUUCUUUUAAACAACUUCAAAAAUAAAACACAGAUUCCCGACAUUCUUUCUAACUAUACUUCAAAAACCAGAUACCAGAGGUCGCUGAUUAUCUUUCACACUUCGAGUACUUCAAAAACAAGGCACAAAAGACCCUCAAAAUUCUUUCAAGCUACUUCAAAAACCAAACAAAAAAGGUUCCUGAGAUUAUUUUAAACUACUUCAAAGACUAGGAUCCUGGAGAUUUUUUAAAACUACUUCAAAAAUAAAACACAAAGGGUUCUCCAGAUUCUUUCUAACUAUACUUUAAAAAACAGAUACAAGAGAUCCCCGAGAUUUUUUCAAACCACUUCAAAAAUCAUACACAAGGGGUUCCCGACAUUCUUUCUAACUAUACUUCAAAAAUUAGAUACUAGAGGUCCCUGCGUUUCUUUCAAAUUACGAAUACUUCAAAAACCAAACAGAAAAGGUCCCAAGAUUUUUUUAAACUACUUCAAAAACUAGGCAAACGCGGUCCCCGAGAUUCUUUUAAACAACUUCAAACAUACAACACAAUGGAUUCCCGACAUUCUUUCUAACUAUACUUCAAAAACCAGAUACCAGAGGUCGCUGAGCUUCUUUCACACUUCGAGUACUUCAAAAACCAAACAAAAAAGGUUCCUGAGAUUAUUUUAAACUACUUCAAAAACUAGGAUCCUGGAGAUUUUUUUAAACUACUUCAAAGACUAGGCAAAAGAGGUCUCGGAGAUUCUUUAAAACUACUUCAAAAAUAGAACACAAAGGGUUCCCCUGAUUGUUUCUAACCAUACUUUAAAAAACAGAUACAAGAGGUUCCCGACAUUCUUUCUAACUAUACUUCAAAAAUUAGAUACCAGAGGUCCCUGCGUUUUUUUCAAAUUACGAGUACUUCAAAAACCAAACAGAAAAGGUUCCAGAGAUUUUUUUAAACUACUUCAAAAACUAGGCACAAACGAUCCUGGAGACUUUUUCAAAUUAUUUCAAAAACUAGGCAAAAGCGGUCCCCGAGUUUUUUUUAACCACUUCAAAAAUAAAACACAAAGGGUUCCCCAGAUUGUUUCUAACUAUACUUUAAAAAACAGAUACAAGAGGUCCCCGAGAUUCUUUCAAACCACUUCAAAAAUCAUACACAAGGGGUUCCCGACAUUCUUUCUAACUAUACUUCAAAAAUUAGAUACCGGAGGCUCCUGCGUUUCUUUCAAAUUACGAGUACUUCAAAAACCAAACAGAAAAGGUCCCAGAGAUUUUUUUAAACUACUUCAAAAACUAGGUACAAAGGAUGCUGGAGAUUUUUUCGAAUUACUUCAAAAACUAGGCAAAAGCAGUCCCCGAGAUUCUUUUGAACAACUUCUUUCUAACUAUACUUCAAAAACCAGAAACCAGAGAUCCUUGAAUUUCAUUCAAACUACGAGUACUUCAAAAAUAAAACAACAAUAGAUCCUCAAAAUUCUUUCAAGCUACUUCAUAAACCAAACAAAAUAGGUCCCUAAGAUUCUUUUAAACUACUUUAAAAACUAGGAUCCUGGAAAUUUUUUCAAACUACUUCAAAAACAGGCAAAAGCGGUCCCCGAGAUUCUUUUAAACUGCUUCAAAAAUAAAACACAAAGGGUUCCCGACAUUCUUUCUAACUAUACUUCAAAAACCAGAUACCAGAGGUCCUUGAGUUUCAUUCAAACUACGACUACUUCAAAAAUUGAACAAAAAUAGAUCCUCAAAAUUCUUUCAAGCUACUUCAAAAACAACAAAAGUGGUAUUAGAAAUUGUUUCAAACUAAGUAUUACAAAAACCAAGUACUGGGGGUCCCUGAAAUUCUUUCACACUACAUACUUUAAAAAAACAAAACACAAUUUUAUAUACUAUUAAUGUUUGCAGUUCUGAAUAAUUGGCAGCAAUGUUCCCAUGCCAGUUCUCAUUUGACAACUUUGACAGGAGCGCGUCAAACGUCCCUUAGAAAAGUGAUGAGAAGAUGACUCUAGUUCAUUUUUGACAAUCAAGUAUGCCAUCAUAAAAUUUUAAGUAUGUUGCCACUCUGGUCAUCUGGUACUUUUAAAUGGCCAAAAAUUUCGGGCUUUCAACAGAUCCCAUCCGCUCCUGCACAAAACCAACUAAAAUAAAGUUAAAUUGGAUGCAAUCAAAAGAAAUUAAUAUAUUUUUGUUUAAAUUCAAAGUAAAUUGUCCUAGAAAUAAAUAUUUAAUAGAUGAUUAUAAUUUUGCAGUUAUGCAACCAAUUAUACACCAGUGAUACAGACAUUCGUGCACAGGAACAAAUAAAUAUAAAAUGCCACAAAAAAUAUCCUUGUGACAAAUUAGAGGCUUCAUUUGCUUCUAAACACACUAAUAAUAUCCGUCGCUACGGUGACCUACACGUCGCAUUUUUUAUUUUUUUUUGUGUAACCAUAUAAUUUCCUCUUCACAGCUCGAUAGCUUGACAACAUAAAAAUCCUGAUUUGAAAUUAAUUUAAUUGCGUAUGAGUGAUUCACUCCACAUUUGUCAAAAUGGUUGCUUAAUGUUCGCAAAACUGGCUCCAGUAACGUUUUAUUGUGGGUGUUUCUAGACAGUCCUUAGACAAACGACCUAGUUGUUCGUAGGUAGAUAGGUCAAAGUGACACGCCGUCGCAUUAUUAAUUUUUUCCCUGCAGAGGUCAUACAUAGAAAUUUCUCGUAGUAGGUGAACUAUCCCCGAAAAGCGGCACACUUAGAAUGUAAUGUUCAAAUUGAAAAUGAAAAAUUGAUUUGUGUUAUUAAAUAUUUAAUUAGGGUUGCUAAUUGAGCGAGUCGGCGGAAAAUUCUUUGAAAAUUUAAAGUCAGUGCUAUGCUAAUUAUUCAUUAGUGAUGUAAAUUUUGUACUUUGCGAUUCCUGAAAAUCCAUCAUGACGACGCUUUUAACAAAUGUAACUUCUUGAAUCGGCUUUGUGAAAAAUUCAUGAAUAGCUUUAUACAUCAUACGAUGUGUUUUUUAAAUAAAAUAUUUCCUCACAAGUCAUAAUUUGUCACUAAGAUAUUUUUAUUGUGUGCUGUAGGAUGUACACUGAGUGGAAAAGUGGACACAGGUUUAUCAGAGUGUGAAAAAUUCUGUCACUAGUCACGGGAAAAGAGCAAUUUCCCACCAUGGACGGUUGGGACAUCCUCUAGAUAUUCAUUCCUCUGUGAGAAAUUUCUCUCAACUACUACCAACUGUCGUGAAUUUGUCCAUUUUCAGUUAAGACAUACUCGACCUGCAGCUUGUGCACCCUGUAUUCUCUUAAUGAAAAUAAAAAUUCAGCAGAUUCAUAACCUACUAAAAAUGAUUUUAAUAAGCUAUUACGAGCACCCGAAAAUGUCACUUUUAUCGUCGAUCAGUUGUCUUCGUACCCAACCCUCCCCUAUCCACCCGGUUUCAGGAUCAACGGUUACCGCGAAUUCGUGAACGGCCCUGGAGUUUUCGCGCUUACCGGGUUCCGGAGUCAAGCACCCCGGAUCGGCGUCGUCAUCGGCGUGUCGAAACGCUGACUCCUGCCGGCUCAGCAGGAAACGGAGUUUCGUUUCGCGCUGACCAUUAACCUUAUCAGGUUGCAGAAAUCCGAGGGCUGCUCACCUACGCAGGCAGGGGCGGACUCAGCACUCUGCAACUGCAGGCCGCGCCGUGGAAGCGCUCACUGCAGCGGCUCGCCGAAGACAAGUCAGUUGAACUUAGGCGCUCAGAGUGAACGGUUUCUGUGUGGUAGCGGUACUACAGGUUUUUUAAAGUUAUCUGUUACGCAAAUUGUGUUGUGCUUGCUGUCCUGUGCCCGAUUGGAUUUUAACUUUGUGUGUUCAAGGGUCCGGGAGCGGCCUCGACCGGAGCCUCUUCGGGACAAGGUAGAGGCCAGGUCGCAUUUCGUAACUUGAAACCGCUCUAAUGGACGCAGACUCCAAACCGUUGAAACCAUUCAAAACCACCAUAAUUCGACUCUAGACAUGUGAGCAUCUAAGCCCGCCAUGGAGGAGGAGGGCGAACGAGGCCCCGACGAGGGCUACCUUCUGGUCAGGAUCCACGUGCCGGAGCUCAACGUGCAGAAGUGCCUCCAGUUUCCCCGGGACCAACUCGUCUGGGACGUCAAGCAGCAAUGUUUGGCCGCGCUACCCAAGGUGGCCACUUGGUACCGGGAACUGAAAGAAAGCUUCAAUUAUGGACUGUUCUGCCCCCCGGAGAACGGCAAGGCCGGAAAAUUCCUGGACGAGGAGCGGCGGCUGGGAGAUUACCCGUUCAACGGACCCGUGGGCUACCUGGAGCUGAAGUACAAAAGGCGGGUCUACAAGAUGAUGUCCUUGGACGAGAAGCAGCUGAAGAGCCUGCACACGAGGGCCAACCUGCGGAGGUUCCUGGACUACGUGCACAACGGGCAAGUCGAGAAGAUCACGAAGAUGUGCUCGAAGGGGCUGGAUCCGAACUUCCACUGCCAAGACUCAGGUGAAACGCCCCUGACGCUCGCCACCGGCAUCAAAAAACCCUCAAAAGUCCUCAUCGCCCUCGUCAACGGCGGCGCCCUCCUGGACUACCGCACCAGGGACGGCUCCACCGCCAUGCACCGCUCCGUCGAGCACAAGUCCCUCGAGGCCAUGAAGACCCUGCUCGAGCUCGGCGCCUCGCCCAACUACAAGGACGGCAAGGGCCUCACCCCCCUGUACCUCACGGUCACCCACAACGCCGACCCGGCCUUCACGGAGACGCUGCUCCACGACCACGCCGGCACGGGCGCGCAGGACCUGCAGGGCUGGCAGGAGGUGCACCAGGCGUGCAAGACCGGCAUGAUGCAGCACCUGGAGCACUUGCUCUUCUACGGCGCCGACAUGAACUCCCGCAACGCCUCCGGCAACACGCCGCUGCACGUGUGCGCGGUCAACAACCAGGAGUCCUGCGCCAGGCAACUCCUGUUCCGGGGGGCGGACCGAGGCGCCCUCAACUACGCCAACCAGACGCCGGGACAGGUGGCGGUGAUCGCGGGCAACAUGGAGCUGGCGGAGAUCAUCCAGAACUACAGGCAGGAGGACGUCGUCCCGUACCGCGGCCCACCCAGCUAUAACCCGAAGCGUAGGUCCGCCAUAGGAUGGCUGAACAGAGCCCCCUCCAUGACCACCCUAGCCCUACCUCCAAGUCCCUGUCCCAGCGACCGCUCCUCGGCCCCUUUCAGCUCGGCCAGCUCGAGUCUGAGCGAUAGCAGCAGCGCUCCACCGGGCCACGAGACCGAUACCGCCAGCAUCGUCACAGUGCUCGCACUGGGUGUUGCAGAUAAGAGUUUGGGGGAUGCGAGCGAUAUCAUCAGCGACAGCUCGGGGGUGGGCACGGCCAACUCGGACACGACUUACUUGGCGGCCCCGGGGACGGUGGUGGUCUGCAUAGAGUCGUACUCGGCGCAGGAGGACGGCCACAUCAGCAUCAGGGAGGGGGACAUCCUCGAAGUGACAGGUACCACCGACGACGGUCUUCUCGAAGGGGUGCCGCGAAGCGGCGGCAACAAAACCGGCCUCUUCCCCGCCCACUGCGUCCAAGAAGUCCGCCUCCGCCACAACAUCCAAGCGCCCAUGAUGGUAGCCCGGGACGCCCGACAACCACCCAGCAAGAGCAACGGCCGCGUGUUGGGCAGGCGGGAGAACACGUCGAAGCACUUCGCCACGGCUCCCCGUUUAAAGAAAACCUACGGGGACAGCGAACCCCGCACCGUCGUUCUCCACCGCGGCAAGAAAGGCUUCGGUUUCAUCCUCCGCGGCGCCAAAGCCACCUCCCCCCUCAUGGAGCUCACCCCCUCCGAGAAGUGCCCCGCGCUGCAGUACCUCGACGACGUGGACCCCGGCGGCGUGGCCGACAUGGCCGGCCUCAAGAAAGGCGACUUUCUCCUCGCCAUCAACUCCGAGGACGUCUCGUCGGCGUCGCACGAGCACGUGGUGGACCUCAUCCGCAAGUCGGGCGACCUGGUGCAGAUGACUGUGAUGAGUCUGGCGCCGCCUGCCGCUACUAUGCCCAUGAGCAAGAGCAGCAUCCUGCCGGGGAACGCGGACGUGCCCUUGAGUCGGCAGUACGCGACGCUGCCGAGGAAGAUGGGUAACUCGUGCGGGACGUUGGGUCGGUCGACGCAAGCACCGCUGCCGCCGCGGCGCGACCCCAAGACUACGUUGAGCGUCGGGCGGGCGCGGGCUAAGAGCAUGGUGGCGGGGCUAGAGGGCGCAGAGAAAGAAGAGACUGAAGACAUAACGAAAUCGAGCUCCGCCGAGUCGAUACACCAGAUGACCCCAGGAGGUACCGGCAACUCCACGCCCGUGCAGAUCCGCACGGCUUCCAUCCGCCAGCGGCCGUCGUCGAGCCGCAUCACCUCGGCGGAGUUGGAGGAGCUGUUCCAGCGGCAGCGGGAAGGGGACGUCAAGCACAAGUACAACUCGCUGAUGAGUACUUCGCGCUUUCACGGGUCCAACACGCUGACGCAUCCGUCGUCGCCGGGGAAGAACCGGGUCUACGCCAGUGUCGCUGAGAUGAAGCGCAAGAACAAGAACUCGAAGGUGCGCUUCUCGAGCGGGUUGGCGGGGACGGGGGAGCUCCACCGGGAUUUCCACAGUACGCCGGAUUUGGCGCAGGAGGUGUCGAUGUUGCUGAAUAGCAAGCAUCAUAGGAGCCAGGAGGACUUGGCGCUGUUGAGUAGUAGAGCGUUACCGCCGCCGAACCACCCGCCACCGCCGCCUCCACCCACGGUCCAAGUAGUGAAAGUGGAAGUGUCGAGAGGGGGACAGUCGGAGUACGACUCUCUGAGUAAAGAUAGCCUUGAAGAGAACGUGGUCUCGUCGUUCAAACCCACCACUAGCGCCAAGUUGUAUGCGUCUCCCGAAGACAUGAAGACCGUAGGUUACAGGUCGAAGAGUUUACCGUCGCAUUCGUCGAGGCCCCACGUGAGGAAGUCGCACAGCAUGAGGACUAACUACUCCACGUUUAAACCAACGCAUGCGUCGAGUCCCGCUACCAAGAGUACCAACGCGAAUACGUAUGCACAACCCAUUAGGGCCUCGAGGUCACACUCGACUGCAGGUACUCGUGAGAGGCGGAGGAAACUCAGCUCGAGUAAAUCUGCGUCGAACGUGACUCACACUGCUCAAGGAACCGCCCCGCCUAUACCAGAACCGGACUAUAGUUGCAGCGAAUCGGAAAGAGAGAGCGAAGAAGAAUCAAAGGACCACACGAUGGUACCGAGGUUGCCCCAAACAGUACACCUCCAACAAGUCGAGAAUAGCGGAAACAGUAAUACCAGUGGGAGCAGCUCGGGCAGCAGUUCCAUGCCGCACAGCUUCAGCGUGGAAGAAAUCCAAAAAGGAAAGUCGUUGCUGAAGUCUUCCAAGUCUUAUCCUGAAGACUUCUUGAAGAAACAGAACGAACUAGCGAUCGCAACCAUAGAAGACGGAGACAACAGUUCCUCUGGAGUGAGUUCCGACCAAGAAGUGCCAAGCGGGAACGAAACCUUGAACGCCCAAGAACACAACAGCAUGACCCUACCAUCGCCGAAAACCCAGCGACAACACACAGGUCUGUUGUCUCGGCACGCCGUGUCGCUGGCGCAGCUGCCGCCGCCGAUCGAGGGCGACGGCGACGAGAAGGAGGACUUCUGCCUGCCCCCGCCGCCCGAGUUCGGGGGCGGCAACAGCUGCGUGGAGCACGGGCCGGAGGCCGUGUUGGCGCCGCCGCCGCAGUUCAGCGACAACCGCCAGGUGACCAGAGUUCGGAUCGUGGGGACGGUGCCGAAGCCGGGGCCCCCGGUCGGCGGCGCUCAACCCAAAGCGAAGCAGGGAAGGCUGCACAGUCAGUGACGUACCGAGACGAAUUUUUGAUAAUUUUCUAAAUCACAGAUAGUGCGCCGCUAGCGAAUAAUUCCGUCAUGAUCCAUUAUCAUUAUUCAACUCAUCCUGCCAAAAUAUUCAUAAAUCGAUAUUUUUGAAAUUAUAAUGUUGUACUGUGGUAAUUUUAAGUAUAUUUAUCGUUUUUGUUCUCUCGCGGUAUCUAUGAAUUUUAUCAUGUCUGUCUGUAUUUAGUGGCCUAAGUAUUGUGUAUUAUUUCGUGUAAAUUCUGCUCAAUUCAUGGAUUGCCUAAUGUAAAUAUUUUUUUAAUGGUAAUUGAGGGGAACAGUUUUUGUAUGAUGUGGUUUGUACAUUAACUGUGCUUUUUAUUCGAACUAUCUCGGGGUAGUUUUGAUAAAAAUUAUGCACGUAUGACGUGUGCCAUAUGUACGUGUGCAUGUACCAGUGUUUACUGAAAUUUUAAGCGGAUUUUCGUAGACACUGUGUGUGAUUAUUACUAUUCGCUCGUCGCCUGUAUUUAAUAUUUAUUGUACCGGUACACUUUGUUUCCGUAUGGAAUAGUAAUAAUCGUGUGUUUAUCCCGAUCGAACGUGGCUGUUUUCAGUUUUUCCUUCAGAAUCUCGUAAAUUAAUAUUAGGUGAUAAUUACAUAAUUCUCGUUACAGCAGAAGACAUUUUAUUCCACUAAAUUGUAAAAGAAUAUUAUUACUAUAAGACAUCUUUUAACGUUAUAGUAAUUCAUUCUUUUAUACCUUAAAUUUUUAACUUGUAUAACAUUUUCCGUUACUCGUUCAACUGAGAAAUCAUAUAGUCACGAUUAUCUCAUUAAAUGUAUCUACCACCGUAUUUUUUUCUGUGUGAUAUUAAAGUUAAACGCAGUGGGCAAACGAAAGAAGUGUUUCAAUAAAAUCGAGUUUUCCCGCUUUGCAGGUUUUCGACCCACUGCGCAACUCAUUAA